AUGCCCGGUAGAGGUAAAAGAGGAAAGAAAUCUUACAGAAAUGACUUCUCUCUUGUUUGGCAUCCUAUGAGGUCUAGCUUUUGUGAGAGAUUUGAUGUGACUCAAAUAGCAUGUGGAUAUGGUUUUACCGUUGCAGCUGUUAAAACGGAAGAGCAGCACAAAUUGUUUGGCACUGGUAUAAAUACAGACUCACAGAUUGGUUAUCAUGCGCCCAGAAUGGGUCAUCCUCUAGAGUUAUUGCUCAGUCCUGCUCCUAUUUAUAUUCCAUACAAAUCUUUGGAAACUAAGAUAAUUGGUUUAGCAGCUGGGAGAGCUCACACUGUUGUACUAACAGACAAUGAAGGUGUUUAUACACUUGGUAACAAUGCAUAUGGCCAAUGUGCCAGAAAGAUAAACCCUAAAGAAGAAUACAGAGGCAAUCUAGUGUCUUAUAACUUGAAGAGAUUGGGACAGGAAAAUAUUGCUCAUGUGUGCUGUGGACAAGAUCAUACGCUCUUCAUUACAGAAUCAGGACGAGUGUAUGCAUGUGGAUGGGGUGCAGAUGGUCAGACAGGGUUGGGAAUGUUCCAGAAUCAGGGCAAUCCUGCUCCGGUGAAAGGUGACAUAACAACUGAGAAAAUUGUGAAAGUGGCCUCGACAGUUGAUUGUGUCCUAGCAUUAAAUGACAAAGGAGAACUUUUUGGUUGGGGUAAUUCGGAGUACGGACAAAUUCCAAUGGCCUCUAAGUGCGAGCAAGUGAAUACAUCUUAUGCUUUGGUUAAUUUUACACGUGGCUUAGGAAAGAUUGUGGAUAUUGCGGCAGGGGGUUCGUUUUGUCUAAUUGUCAAUGAUCAAGGCGAUGUCUUCGUGUGGGGUUUUGGAUUGCUAGGUCUAGGUCCGAAUGUUCAGUAUUCGUCAAGCCCAAAACAAAUUCCUCCCGCCCUAUUUGGGCGAAAUGAAUUCAAUCCCGAAACGGUGGUUGAAAAAGUUGCAUGUGGCAUCGGCCAUUUGGCUGCCAUAAGUAGUAAUGGAGAUUUGUACACGUGGGGUAGAAAUAGGCAUGGCUGUUUGGGAUUGGGAAACAAUAAAGAUCAGCACUUCCCAUUAAAGGUUUCAAUUGGAGCCCAUGUAAUUGAAGCAAAGUGUAGUGUUGACCAUACUGUAGCUAUUUGUAGACCAUUCACU